AUGUCUGCGCCGGAUGGAUCUGCACCGCCACCUCCGCCGCCGUCGCAGCCCCCUCCCGCACCACCUCCCGGCCCGCCGGAAGUCACUGACUCAUUAAGCCUGCCACAAUUACGGCAGCUGGUCAGUCAGUUCCCGAAAAGCGAACAGAGAGCGUAUGCAUUUCAGUACAGCGAGACCGAUAAUUAUGAGACAGAGAUUGAUGAAUGGUUUCAGUACACUGAAGCGGACCAGGAACGCGACCAACUUCUAGCAUCUCGCGAGGCGUUCGAAACUCUGUGGAAAGCAUAUUGCGAAAGCCAGCUCGAACAGGACGAUAUAUCUUGGAUUGCAGUGAGCGACGAAUCUCGUCUCGAAUUCUUGAAUGGUAUAGUUGCGGAAGUUAGCAGUCCUUUCAUUGAGCAGCGAAUCGAAGCUUUGGGUUGCGUCUACUACGUACUCACCGGGGCCUGGACGGUCACAUCUGGGCUCGAUGACUCAACAUCAACGUUAGACAACGGCAGCGCGGAGGAGAGGUCGAAGAAGCCGAAUUCAGUACAGCUCGAGUGGAUGCACCGAGGCGCAGAUUUGAUGGUCAAAGAUCGCUUGGUCUCGCCACUCUAUGCAGCACUCUUGACAGCCACAAAACUAGCACCUGCUGGGACCGAAGUUUCAGGACACCAAAAAGACCACGCGUCAGGCGCCCUUGACGAAAGUGAGCAACGGGAGUUGUCAUUAUGUCUGUCAUGCUUCUAUCUGCUCACUGAAUCAGCUAGAGCUCGUAGGGAGGAUCCGGAAGCCUCCACCAUCAGACAAUCUCUACAGAACCUGAGUCCCAGCAUCCUGGUCUUCUUGGUCAGCACUAUCUCGCGACUCAGAUGGGAUGAAUCGUACAACAUCCCUCUCAUUCAUGCCAUACAGCUGUUGUGGAAACUUCUCCUCCUUCUCUUUGGAGAUGUACAGCACGAUCUGGAAGCCAUCAAAGGUGUCCUACAGCCGCGUGUUGACCCAUUCUCGGCCGAUGCAUCUCAUCCAAAGCUGACAGCAUCGCCGUUGGACUACCAUAUGUUCAGGCAAGAGAUCACUUCGAAGUACCCAGCCUACAAUCCACCCCUGCCGCUUAUACCGUUGGAAAACGAGCAACGCACUAUAUUGCCCGUGGUUGCACAAAACACCAACAGAGCUGAUGAUGUGCCCAAUCCCGCUUCUUUCCCUGGGACUGGCACUUCCAGCUCGAUCUUCCACCAGCCGGUCCACAUUGCGACACCGGCUCCGUCACCACCUCCCUCACCCAUUGGCCCGGGAGGGAAAACGGGAAAGAAGCAGAACUAUCAGACGAACCAGAACUUCCCGUUCCUGUAUCCACCACUGGACACCUCGAGUAACGAUCUUGGCGGCAGAGGCUCGACGGAACUCCAAGACCUGAUGGUCGGCAAGAAGUGGGAUGGCAGUGAUGUGCCAACCUCCAUCAUCGAGGCAGGCGAGCUAUUCGCAAGUCGCAUGCGAGUGACACGUGGUAUGCGUCAACUCUGGAAGCAGCGCGAUCUGUUCAUGAAGUAUGAUCGGGGCUGGAAGAGUGACGAGCAUACUGACGUUGAAGAGAUCAGCAAACAAGUUGCAGAGGAGCAAGCUAAAGAGAUGGAGGGCCUAGACGACCCAGAUCUGCGAUCGAGGAUGGAUGCCGUCGAACAUUUCUUUCACCACUCACUGGCAGACAUGCAGUCUUUCGUCAUUGUGCUGAUGAAAGCAAUGCUGUCCAAUGUGCAAGACAUUGCAGUGCGAAACGGCAACUUCGCAGAUCCACACCAAUCUGCAGGCUUGAAUCGCACAAAGUCCAACUCGAAUGUUGGCGCAGGUCAGACAUUGCCUAUGCCACCACCACCUCCGAAACCGGCCGAGCUUUCGUUAGAAGAGCUGGACAACAUACGCUCGCGUGAGAUCAGUCAGAAGGCGAUUGCAGGAGUGGUGUUUUCGCUGCUAAAGUGGCUCAAGGUCUCGCAUGUCCUCAAGUUCGAGUAUCUGACACAGCUGCUACUGGACUCAAACUACGUCCAACUCACACUGAAGUACUUCGCGCACCAGAAUCUGGAAGACCUAGUCGCCUUCCGCUACGAUCGAGACGAUCUCUCCUUCUUCCGCUACUGCCACCUUCACUCAGAUCAUCCACCGCUCUCGCCGACGUCUCCAGGCCGUCAUUCCGACAGCGGUUCCGUAGACGACGCGAUUCCACCACCAAUCCAACGCCGUCGUCAACAGAUCAACUCGAUACCAACCAACUCCGACGACCAGUCUUCACAGCCUGCGCAGGAUCCAUCAUCUCAUCCCACAGUCGACGAGCUCGGUCAUCCCCUGCAGCCGCUGCCUACCACGCCACUGCCAACUUUCUCAUCUCGGCAGUUUCAAACGUCGAUUCACCUCCUCCGCACCCUGCAGAAGCUCACUCGUGGCAAGUCGCACCGUGUCCUGCUCCUUGUGCAGUUCAAAUCCUCGCAGAUUCUUCGCCGUGUCCUACGUGUGCCAGAUUCGACUCUGCGGCUAUACGUGUUGAAGCUGUUCAAGAGCCAGGUACCAUAUUGCCCGAAGAAAUGGCGUCAGAGUAAUAUGCGCGUCAUCACGGCAAUAUACUUACAUUGUCGGCCGGAGCUGCGGGAUGAAUGGUUGGCGGGUAUGCAUGAAAGCGCCGUGGACGGGGAGCUAGAGGAAGCGGUGCCGUUGGAGUGGGCGUUGAGGGGGUUGACGUUUUGGUGGAUGAGGAGGUGGUAUAGGGACGUUAUGGCGUUAAAGGAGGGGAAGAAGGGCAGGAAAGGGAAGGGCGAGAAGGGGACUGGCGAUGGUGUCCAGCGAGAGACGGGUGAGGAAGACAUUCUCGCAGAAGAGGAUAGCGAUGAUACAGACGACGAGGACGAGGACGGUAUGAAGGCUAUGGCAGGAGGCCAAGAGAUUGAAGAGGAAGAGCGUGGUUUCUUCCAGCGUGAACUUGAUGCUAUGGGAUGGGGUCUGGCAGGCUUGAACCUGGUGGGUAACGGAAUCGGUGAUGAGGUCGCCUUCGGUGAGGAGGCUCCUGGGGUAGGCAGUGGGGGUGGUGCUGCCAACGGCGCAGACAACCAUGUAUGGGCAAAUGCGGCAAGUCUGGAGCAGUGGCAGAAUGAGAGAUGA